AAUUCCAAUCAUCUUUUGAUACUAAUCUUAAAUCAAGCAAGAAGUUCAAUGUAUGGUUAAUUUCUCAUGGGCUUAUUAUAUGAUCUAACAGUCAAGUAUCUUAACAGUUACUAAAAUACCUUAAAAUAUUUUGGAAAUUUAGUCGAGUUUAAAAAUCUGUUAGUCAACUAAGUUCACCUCUAAUUCAACAAAACAAAUGUCCGAAUCGUGCGCCCAUUUCGUAAGUUCCUCAAAUGAUAAUUUUGAUUGACGCCCUGAAAAUAUUAAUUUUAUACUAUAUUCAGCUACGCCUGGACUAUUUUUAUUAUUCAAUAAUAAAUAAUAGCUAGUAUUAAAACAAAAUAUUCCAUAUUUCGAGUUUUUGUACAUCGUCGAUACCUACGUAGACGAAAGGAAUCAAGUUUCAUAAAUAAUGGUGUUUGCAUAAUUGCCUCGAUAUUUAGAACAUCUAAUCAACUAUAACGUUUGAACUUCAUCUGGCGUUUAUAUCAGUGUUGGCCAGCAAAAUGGCAGUGAUCAGUGUUCACCUUUCACCUCGCAGCAAGUAAAUAGGUUUUAUUUCGAUCACCGAUGUGUUACUCGUUAAAUCACGUACGAGGCACGAAUGCUGACUCUGAGGAGCAGUGUGUGCGAUGGUGAUAGCAAAGAGCAAGAAAGUAAAACCACAAAUGAAUAAUACAAUUAAAAAUAUGGAUUACAACUGGACACCUGGUCCAGAGCCGCCAAACAACCAGGAAGGCGGUAUACCCAGGGCGAUCUUUAUUCCACACUCGAACUCACUGCCGUUUGAGGAAAGACGCGUCACAUUGGAGCAGCCAGUUAAGAUUGGACGCAACGUGUACCGCUCUACUCCGAGCCCGACAAAUACAAUAUUCGAAUGCCGAGUGUUGUCUCGACAUCACGCCACGCUCUAUUACGACAAGGGCCACUUUUACCUUGUGGACAAUCAGAGCAGUAAUGGCACGUUCAUCAAUAACAACCGGUGCUCUAUAUCGAAGGAGCAGGAGCCGCACGAGGUCUUCUCCGGUGACGUCGUGCAGUUCGGCAUACCGGUCGUCGAGAAUGCCGGCAAUUCUGAAAAGAACACGUUCCCACCGGUGGUUGCUCUGCUCAAAUUAUAUCACCCGGAUGGAAAGGAGGCAAAAUUAUCAUUCAAUCCCACUAUGACCACACCAUUGCAUCUUAAGGAACUUUAUCAGCUCAAUAAUUUCGUUCAGGAAGCGAUCCAGCGCGAGGCGUCGCUGGAGGGGCGGCUGCGCACGCUGCGCGAGUGCGUGGAGCGCACGCGCGCGGAGGCGGCCGCGUCCUGGGAACUGUUCGUGGGCGAGCAGCGUCUGCUCAUGCGCGUGCACACGCUCGAGACCAUGCUGGCCGUCGGCAAGCAGCCCGACCACCACCAGGUCGCGCAGCUGCUCAGCGACAAGAGGAACUACCAGGAGGUGGCGCAGGAGAGCCUGCGCGCGGCGCACGAGCAGCGCCUGGCGCUGGAGGAGACGCUGGAGCGCCGCAGCCGCGAGGUCAACGCGCUGCACCAGCACAACUACGCGCUGCGACUCACCGCCAACAACGCGCUCGCCGAGCUACAGAAGCUGGCAGCGCGGUGUGAGCGAAAGAUGUGCGCGGCGCGGCUGGCCAUCGCAGCCGCAGAGGAGCGCGAGCUGGCUGUCCGCAACCAUCUACCACUUACCUAUACAGUACAAAACGGCGAAGCGAAGAUGUUGGUGUUGAGCACGGACAGCAACAAGCUGCAGGAGGCCAAGCGCAGCGGCUCGCUGGAGGACGCCGUCAGGGCGCUGCCCGACUACAUCAAGCUGCUGCUGCCGCAACAGCUGCUCAACAAGGUGGGCAUUAAAGCAAUAUCGGCCGAAGGCAAAUCUGCGAAGGAGUUCGAAUUAAUAUUAAAGAAGAAUAAUAUUUAUAAUUCAGAAAGCAAAGAAAAGCAGCAUGCUGAAGAGGGUGACGAGGGUGUGAGCGCCGAGGAAAAGACUGGUGAGCCCGACUCAUGUACUGACGAUGAGAAGCAGUCGCGCCUUAACCAUGACCCUGGACACGAAGAGUCUUCGAGCCCUUUGGACGGUGAACUACGCCCUGACAACAACGCUAACUCCACCUACAGUGAACCCAGCACUAGAGAAGAGUCACCUAGCAAAGCGGGAGUGGAGUACGCGAAUAUCCUGCGAGUGAUGGCGGGACUGAACGAAGAGAUCAAAGUGCUGCGCGAGCGGCUGGGCGUGGCCUCCGCCGACAACGAGCAGCUGCGAGCGGCGCGGGACGAGCUGCUCGCCGCGCAGCCCGACGCGCACGAGCCGCCGCCGCUCGAGCCCGACGACGCGGCCGCCUACCGCGCGCGCAUCGCCGACCUGCAGGCUCAGCUCACGCGCUCCACGGCGGCCGAAGAGGCAAACGUUAAUGAAAUUCAGCGGUUAGCAUCGAGUGCGGCCGAGAUGCAAGCCGAACUCGCGUUCAGACCGACGCGCGCCGACGUCGAUGACCUUACCGCUGUCGUCGGUAAGCUCCGCGCCGAGUUGCUCGCCAGAGAGCAACAGAUCGAGCGGCUACGAACCUCCACCGUCAGAGAAAAGAACUCGCUCGACAAAGGGGUGGAGACCGGCGGCUCGCUGGAAGACCUGCGGCGCGCUUACGACGACGAUUCGACCGAACGGAGCAAAAUAUCCGCCGACAUCGACGAGAUGUUCCGCCUCGACUACGACGACGACGACGAGGAGACGGACUCUGCCGUGACCGAGAUCAACCGCGACGACUCGGGCUCGACGGGCUCGGGCGGGCCGGGCUCGUACCUGCGCCUGGACGACGAGCGGCGCCUGCAGGUGACGCUGCAGAACGGGUCGCUGCACGCGCUGGAGGAGGAGCUGGUGCGCGCCAAGGAGCGCUGGGCCGAGGUGUGCGCCGAGCGCGCGCGCCUGGCGCAGCAGCUGGCCUCGCUGCAGGGCAAGCCGCCGCUGCGCCUGGCGCUGCGCCACCUGCUGGCGCUGGCCGUGCCGCUGCUGGCCGCCUGCCUGUACUACCUGCUGCUGCCGCGCGCCUCCUGAUGGACGGCCACGUGGGACCCGCCCGGCUACGCCUAGCGCCCGCCCGCGUCGCUCGCCUCGCCCGCUGCCCGGCCCGACUAUACCUCACUUGAUAAAACAAUAUUAUAUUCGCUUCUUGAUUCGAUCGCCGGCCGGGGGUUUCGGUAUAUUUAUGGAUAGAAUAAUUUAGAAUAUAUAACUAUAUUAAUAUAGAGUUGGUUUAUUGUGCACCCUCGGUCCCGACGGAAGCGACGAGGGCGCCGCGAGUCGAGUGCGACGCGUAGAACAAAGUAGCGGGAGCUUGUAUCGAAAGUGCCAUUUGCUGAGGUGUCGCGACGCCGCGAGAGUCGGUGCACGUUGUUAUCGCAUGAGUGUAUAUAACUUAGAAUUGUUUCUGUAAAAAGUGUCAGUAUCGUAUCGAUAUAGUAUAAAUUGAUUGUUGAUAUCUGCCAUAAUAAAUAACUGUACAUUUUAAAUUUUAAGGCCUAACGACUGUCCUAAGUUAUAGUAAUUAUUGUUGUAUGAGAGCUAUCGAAAUUCUCAACCGAGCGACAUUUGGUGACUACUCGAAUCAGCUAAUUUCCCUUGUUAAAUAUUUUAGGCGAUAAUUGAUAGUGUGUUCAACUUUUUAUUAUUAUACAGUGGCGGUGGCGCCACGGGCUUGCGGGCCGCAGCAGAGCUAUCUCACAUGUCUCAUCGCUUUCGGGAGCUAAACAUAUCAUUGUUAGGUUACACGGUGUGGGCAUUUACUCGUCGACGGAUGCGGACGUUAGGUGUUUCUUUGAAUGGUUUGCAUUUUUCUAGUCUUUAGAAUCGACAUAGAGUUGAUUGCAUGGCGUUUUGAGCUCCUACGAUUUUACAGUUUUAGAACUUUAUAUACAAGUUAGUCUAUUUGAACCCUCGUCUGUCGUGGACGCAUUUACGCGCAGCUCAGAUAUUUUGCAAUUUUUGACAAUAUUACGUAGAGUUGAAGCAUUUUAGUUGGUCGAGUGUCACUGGUCAGGGAGACUACGUGCACGGGACGUUUUGUUUGGAUUCAAUAUUGUUGUGCCACUUAGUUUGUUGUGAGUAACAGUUUGAGUUUUGUUAUGGACGAGAGUACGCUGUGUGGUAUGUCGCGAGACGCAUCUCAGUUCAAGUCGAGCGUUCCGGCCGCGCGAGGCAAGACGCGCGAUGGCCGCCCUCGAGAUCGCUUAGCUCUGUGAUGUGAAGGCCAAUAGAUAAUUUUGUAACAAACUUGUGUAACUAACGAUUGAAUUAUUAUAUCUUUAGAAUUAUUAUAACUACCACGUUGAAGUCCACUGUCUAUAAAUAUUUAUUAUUUCAUUGUUGCACUGAUUUUUGUUAUGUUCAAUGUUUUAUUUUGUGUUUAAACCACCUUAUUGUAAAUAACUUGUAUCUUAUAUUCGUUUUAAUGUUUAGUUUCAUGCUGUCGAAGACUUUAUGUUGUAUUUUAUUGAGUAAAAGUAAUAUGCAUUCAAUGUGGAUGUACUGAUAAAUUUAUUGGAAAUAAUAUUGAUUUGUUUAAA